CAAAGAUAUUACAUUAUAGACAACUUGUUUAUUCCUAUAAAACAAUACAGGUCUGUUUUAAAGUCACGGCUUUUGAUGCGAUAUCCCUCUAAAAUUGUAUAUGUGACAGAAACGCCCCGUUUUUGCUAGCACACAUUAGCCAAAGUUAGCAAUUAUCAUCGGACGACUAGCUAGUCAACAGUGUAACAGCCUCAUACCGAGACACUUCUGCUGUUCAAACAUGACGUGUAGAAACUAGGCUCUCUAACUCUCUAAAGUCUGCAACUCUUCACAGCUGGUGUACAUUGGUUUAACCGUUGUUAAUUGACUGCUCUCACACGUCAGUCAGCAACAGCCGGUUUACUUCUAAAGCAACGUCAGCACAGGCGGUCUGACUGCAGAGUAGCCUUCAACUGUUUGAACUGUGUCUGUGUUAGUAACAGAUGCCCGCACCCUGUUAUUUCUUACACACAGCUUUCAGUGCUUCAGACAUGGACCAAGACAACAAUUCAGAGGAUGAGUCAAUCGACCCAUCUGAAGAGGAGCUCCCUGGUCUACCUCGAGAACUGUCUGACGGUGAGGCGAUGGAGAUGCUUUGGAAGAUGCGAGCUCGGCGUCGCCAAACAGCUCCUGAGCUUCCAGAGACUGUGACCUGUCUUACUGCGCCUGAUGGCAGUAUGCUGUACCUAGUGGGCACUGCACACUUUAGUGAUAGCAGCAAAAAGGACGUGGCCACGACAAUCCGUGCUGUUCAGCCAGAUGUGGUGGUGGUGGAGUUGUGUCAGUACAGGGUGUCUAUGUUAAAGAUGGAUGAGACCACGCUGCUCAAGGAAGCCAAAGACAUCAACCUAGAAAAAGUUCCACACUCUGUUUGACAGAACGGAGUGAUGUCAGGCCUGAUGCAGAUUCUCCUGCUUAAAGUUUCAGCUCAUAUCACUGAGCAGCUGGGCAUGGCUCCUGGAGGAGAGUUUCGAGAGGCCUUCAAAGAGGCUAGUCACGUGCCUUUCUGUAAAUUUCAUCUUGGAGACAGACCGAUCCCAGUCACUUUCAAACGGGCGAUUGCUGCCCUCAGUUUGUGGCAAAAGGCACGUCUAGCCUGGGGUCUUUGUUUCCUGUCAGACCCGAUCAGUAAAGAGGACGUGGAGAAGUGUAAACAGAAGGAUCUGCUGGAGCAGACGAUGCUGGAGAUGAUCGGAGAGUUUCCAGCUCUCCAUCAGACCAUUGUAGCAGAGAGAGAUAUCUACCUCACGCACACUCUCCGCCAGGCCACACGUUGUGUGGAGGCCCCCCCUAACGCCCAGAAAGUGCCUGCUGUGGUGGUGGGAGUAGUCGGGAUGGGCCAUGUUCCUGGCAUAGAAAAAAACUGGGAAAAGCAACUUAAUAUAAAUGAAAUCAUGAGUGUUGCACCUCCCUCACGCUUUGGCUGGGUAUUGCGUAGAUUCUUCAAAGGAGCCAUGAUGGGAGUGGUAGGAUACGCCUGCUACCGUGUUGGAGGCAGUUUAGGUAGAACCCUACUGUCCUUACCUGCUGUCCAAUCAGUAAUGAAGACUCUGCGACCACCUCCUGCUUGACAUCCCUAAGCCAUCAGUGACCCGACCUUUUACUUCAAGACACAAAUGCAUUUAUCACCUGUGGCCUUAAUACAGCAGGUGAGGCUGGAGGAACUGAACUCAAUCACAGCUGUCACUUUUAACUAAGAAGGACCUCAGGGGGUUUGUCACCCAUCAUCUGGUGUUGAUGUCCCUGUACUGUAACACAAGCAGGACAGUACUGCCAAAGAAACCAUGACAGUACUUUUUUUGUUUUUUAUAUUGUUUUUGUGUGUGUGCAAGUCUGCAUUUUGUAAUGUUUACAAAUGCUUAUAUUUUCUUUUAAAUUGGUAUGAUUCUUUGCAGUUAAUCACAAUUACAUAAUUACAGAAACAGUGGAUUUAAAAAGUCUUAUUAGAAAUAUCUUCUAUUGCUAAAUAACAGAUCCACAUUACAAAUGCAAUUUUUUUCCUGAUGCUGUAUCCUUACUCCUUCCUCCUCCUUGUACCACGAGGGGCACAGGUAAAGUCUAGCACUUUAUGGUGAAUUUGCAGAGUGGUGUAUUACACAUUAAAUGCAGCCUAACCGAAUGUACAAAAAUGCUAGUUUCCAUAAAUGGUACAUGGAAUGACCCCUGAGUUGGAAGGAUGAUUAUACUAUACAAUGCUAUCCUGUACUUGUCAGUACAGUGAUUGCAACUUCUUUAUCAAUUAAAAUAAAUUUGACUUUAUUGCAUGCCAGUCCUGCCUACAUCGACAGACAAGUGCCUCAUAUUGUGGGCUGAUUGCCAUGCAUCGUAGAAAUACUGCAACCAAUGUGUCAAUGUGAAUUUGUAAUUAAUUAAAAAAAGAUACAAGACAGAUUACUGAGAUACUGUUACCCUAAUUACAGACAUUUGUUUACAAUUUUGCUGUCCUACUUUUAUUUUACUUAAAUUUUCUUGCAACAUCCCCUGGGUAUUUUAGUUACAGGCCUAAUUUGUAACAGCUCAAGCUCAAGUGUGCCUCACAAUGUGUUUUAUUACUACUUCCAACCUCAGACAGUCUGGUCUUUACUGUUUAUUUUCUUUCACAUAUUAGUGAAACUCUUAGAACGUCAUAAGGGAAAAGCAAUCCCUAAAAAUCUUCAGUGCUAAACCUUCAGUCAAUGUUUUUUUUUUUUUUUUUUUUAUAGAACAGGACAGCUGUUUGACCUCAUACCACAUAUGCUUGUAUUUAAAUUUGUUUAAAAAUGGAAACAAGUACAAAUCUACAAACUGGUAUAUUUUAUAUAUUUAGGUAAUGACAUUUACCUUUUUUGACAAAGGGAAGUUUAUCAGUUGAUCAGAGUAGGGAGUGUUGCAUUUAACCCUUAAAAUCACUUUAACCACAGUCAGAACUUCAAGGUGCACAUGUGAAAGGGCUGUAUUUGCUAUCAUGAUGUGCAGUAGUGUCUACAGUCUUGAGAAGACUGACCAUCAACUGGAAGUCUAUUUACUUGUAUUUAAGUUUAAACAGGUUUUUUGUACAUUGUUACUUAAAACAAUUAUUUAUUGAAUAUGGGUUCCACAAGAACUUGCAUUGAAGUUGGUAUGUUCUCAACCAUAAUUCGAUUACAGUGCAGCUCUCAAAGUAUUAAGGUAAUUCAAUGUCUUCCUAAGUCUACCAUAAAUAAUUGGAUUUAAUUUGUAUUUUUAAAAAAGCUGUUAAAGAUGUUGCCUCUUUGGCACUAAACCCUUCUAAUUCAAACGUAUCAGUUUCCAUCCACAGUUUUAUCUUCAGUACUUUUGAAAAUCGCCAAGAGAAAUCUAUGAAUGCCUUUUACUUGAUAUGACAUGUAUUUUCUUUUUCUUUCAUUUGUGUUUAUUGUUCACAUUACAAACACUGAAUCUCAAAUUGUGUAUUUAAUGAUAAAAAAAUAUAAAUAUACAAACUUUA